GAGGGGGGGCGGUGGUGGUGGUGGUUGGGGCCGCGCACUGCUCUUCUUGCCCUUCCUGAACCGUGAGCACCGAGGACACCACCAUCACAUCGACGCGUCCUGGAAUAGUUUUUCUUUUUUCUUUUCUUUUUUCUCUUGUUGUAUUUUGUCGCCCAGACGCACCAAGUUGCUGCGGCAGAGGCGCACUCUUCUCCGAGGCUCCUCUCCCCCUGUGCGCUCACAAUCCGACAUGGAAGAUGGUCCGUCUUCAACAAGCUGUUUCAGAAGGUUAACGGACUGUUUCCUGGGUGCAAGCUUGACAGAUGAGAAAGUGAAGGCCUACCUCUCGCUGCACCCGCAGAUGCUGGACGACUUUGUGUUGGAGAGUGUGAGUGCAGAGACGUUGGACAGAUGGCUGAAGAAAAAGACCAGCAGCAGGCCUGCAGAUGACACGUCAGCGAAAGAUGUCAGCAGGCAGUACCAGGACACAAAUAUGCAGGGUGUGGUGUACGAACUCAACAGCUACAUGGAGCAGCGCCUGGACACUGGAGGAGACAACAAUCUCCUGCUCUAUGAGUUGUGCAGCAUCAUCAAAACAGCAACUAAAGCUGAUGGAUUUGCACUUUACUUCUUGGGAGAAUGCAACAAUAGUUUAUGUGUGUUGACUCCGACGGGGGCCAAGGACGGCCCUCCAAGCCUCAUCCCCUCCGGCCCCAUUGCAUUUGGGACAACCAUCGCCGCUCAUGUUGCCAAGACUCGCAAAACACUGCUGGUAGAGGACAUCAUCGGGGACGAGCGCUUCCCCGACGGCACAGGGCAGGACUCAGGGAUCCAUGUUCACUCUGUCCUGUGCCUCCCCAUCCUCACUGCCAUCGGGGACCUCAUUGCCAUUCUGGAGCUGCAUCGGCACUGGGGCAAGGAGCCCUUCAACCUCAGCCACCAGGAGGUUGCAACAGCGAACUUAGCGUGGGCGUCAGUUGCCAUUCAUCAAGUACAGGUGUGCAGAGGCCUCGCCAAACAGACUGAGCUCAACGACUUCCUACUAGAUGUGUCAAAAACAUACUUUGAUAACAUUGUGGCAAUAGAUUCUCUACUUGAACAUAUUAUGAUAUAUGCAAAAAACCUGGUGAACGCGGACAGGUGCGCACUCUUCCAGGUAGAUCACAACAACAAAGAACUGUACUCGGACCUGUUCGAUAUCGGGGAAGAGAAAGAAGGAAAGCCUGUCUUCAGGAAAACCAAAGAAAUUAGGUUUUCUAUAGACAAGGGAAUAGCAGGUCAGGUGGCUCGGACAGGGGAAGUCUUAAACAUCCCAGAUGCCUAUGCAGAUCCUCGGUUCAACCGAGAGGUGGACCUGAAAACCGGCUACACCACGCGGAACAUCCUGUGCAUGCCCAUCGUGAGCAGGGGGAGCGUGAUAGGCGUGGUGCAGAUGGUGAACAAGCUAAGCGGAAGUGCCUUCACUAAUACAGAUGAGAACAACUUUAAGAUGUUUGCUGUCUUUUGUGCUCUGGCCUUGCACUGUGCAAAUAUGUACCAUAGGAUCCGGCACUCUGAAUGCAUCUACAGAGUGACAAUGGAGAAACUGUCCUAUCACAGCAUCUGCACAUCGGAAGAAUGGAAGACCCUCACCCAGCUCAACCUCCCUGCACCUAUUUAUAAAGAGAUCGAAAUGUUCCACUUUGACAUCAAUCCCUUUGAGGAGAUCUGGCCCGCAGUCUUUAUCUACAUGGUUCAUAGCUCCUGUGGAAAGACCAGCUUUGAGCUGGAGAAGCUGUGCCGGUUCACCAUGUCCGUACGGAAGAACUACCGACGUGUGCCAUACCACAACUGGAAGCACGCGGUGACGGUGGCCCACUGCAUGUAUGCCAUCCUGCAGAAGACCUCUGGGAUGUUCACAGAGUUAGAGAAGAAAGGUCUGUUGAUAGCCUGCCUGUGCCAUGACCUGGACCACCGGGGUUACAGCAAUGCGUACCUGCAGAAGUUUGACCAUCCACUGGCUGCUCUGUACUCCACCUCCACCAUGGAGCAGCACCACUUCUCUCAGACCGUCUCCAUCCUGCAGCUGGAAGGGCACAAUAUUUUCUCCAACCUGAAUUCCAUUGAGUACGAGCAGGUGCUAGAGAUCAUCCGAAAGGCCAUCAUCGCAACGGACCUCGCCCUCUACUUCCCCAACCACCAGCAGCUCUCGGAACUGCUGACCAAGGGUGUGGUGGACUUAAACAACUACUCGCACAGGGACCGUGUGAUUGGUCUGAUGAUGACAGCAUGUGACCUGUGUUCUGUUACCAAGCAAUGGCCAAUCACACGACUCACAGCCAACGACAUCUAUGCGGAGUUCUGGGCCGAGGGAGACGAGAUGAAGAAGAUUGGGAUGCAGCCGAUCCCAAUGAUGGACAGAGACAAGAAGCACGAGGUUCCCCAAGGCCAAGUGGGGUUCUACAAUGCUGUUGCAAUUCCAUGUUACACAACACUAGCGGAGCUUUUCCCUCCAUCUAUCCCUCUACUAAAAGCCUGCAAGGAGAACCAUAGCCAGUGGGAGAAGAUUGCAAAGGGGGAGGCAGAGGAUGUGGUGCCUAGCCGACCAUGUGAUCCAGGCCCCGUCAAGGUGGACAACUGACGACCAAAGGGGUCUCUGGCCAACCAAAGGAACACAACCUGAGUCCUGCCACAGACCUGGACCUCCUGCAGGAGGAAGAACCCACAUGUUGUGUCAGCGGGAGACGGAUCAGCUAAAGGCGACUUGACUUUAAAAGAAGAAAAAAAAAAACACACAGUUACCUCAAUGGGUGACGAAGGUGUCAACACUGGCGGUUUCACCGAUCCCAGAGACUGACAGACAGCUGAUGGGGCUGAGGGGCUUCAACCCAUCACCCUACGUCCACUCAGCUUGGGAAUUCAUUUGGUAGAAUGGACCUGUGCUGAUUUGGUUGUUAUGUGUAUUUUAUUAUUUUAACUGAUUCUUUUAUGGUCUUGUAUUUGCAGAGGCCUUACUCUGAACCUUUCACAGGCUAGGAUGUGUGAAACGUUGUUGUCGGUUCAGGCUUUGUUAUUUUAGUUGUUUUUUAAAUGGUACUGUUUGCCUUCUGUGGUUUAUCGUACGUGCACUACUUCAGCAAGGUGUUCCCAGAGACAGAAAGGAAUGUGUAGAGCAGAUGUAUAAUGCCACCUUAUUGAGAAGGUGGGCGUCAGAAUGUUAUUUUUAUUUAUCACUUUUUGAGCAAAAAUCCUUUGCAGUACUUGAAUAAAGUGAUACAGCCUCCUGACGAGAGGAGUUAGAUAAUGUGGACAUUUGUGAACGCAGUCACAAGAGAGUCACAAUGUUUCUCCCCGCAGUGGGACCCCACAGCACUGCCCCCCAGCUCCCCGUGACAUUUAGGAACCUGCUGCAGAAGUACAUGGACUCCCCUCUGAUCAACAGGAUCUGACCCCGGGCCAGCAGUCAUAAUGUUUGCAGGAGGGAGGUCACGAGAAGAAAAGAUGCACAAAUAGCACCACUGCUCGUGUCAUGUAUAGUCAGACAACACUGCGUACUACUGAGUCUCAACUGUCAUAACAAUGUUCUUACACCACUAUCACAUCGUGAAUUAUUUACUUUUAUUCAUCAAAAAGGUCUUUCAUGAAUUAAACUCUAAUCUUAAAAUUGAAAUGAUUAAAAACUUUAUUUACACAGCACUUUUCAAAACACAGUUGCAAGGUGUUAGAAGUAAAAAAAAAUUAAGAAAUUAGGGUAAACAAUUAAAACCAGUAUGAAGAUCCAAGAGCAUAAGAGCAUUAAUACAAGAAUAGAUUAAAAGUGACUGAGGGAUGGCGAGCAAGGCCUUAAGAUUCAAGGAUAAAAUCCUAAAAUCACUCUAAAAUUCUAAAAGCCAAUGAAGAGAAGCUAAAAUCAAAAUGUGCUUUCUUCUUGUAGAUUAAGUGAGACAAAUAAACGUACCGCACAACUGUUCCCGUAGAUAAUUAGGAUAAGUUUGUUUGCAACAGCAGGUGAAUAACUGUUGUAUAUGUCAUAUCCAGAAAUCAUGCUUAUCUAAAACCUGGUGAAGGUGAGACGGGUUUUAAAGAGUGCAGUGUGGAAUAAGUAGCCUACACAGUCUCGAGUUUUCUCUUUCUCUCACACAAGCGGGUGUCCUUGACGGUUCAAAGCUGUAGUGACGACACUGAACUUUCAUUUUGUCAUUUUGCUGUUGAUUCAGGGCCGACGCCUCAGCUUCAGAUCCGUCUCACCUGUUAAGCUAAUGUCUUCUUCUGGGACUGCAACAUAAACAUAGUUGGUUGACGUUGGAUGUGACGCUCCACUCAUAUCCACAACUGGGUGAAAGUAAAACCUUCCCUUGACGCUCAAGUCUCCCAACGCCGUGCACAGGGGUUACACUUUUUCUAGACUCUUUCAAAUGAGUUCCCAAGAUCUUCCAAAGGACAAAUGUUUUUUUUCUUUGUCUGAAACUGUCAUUCCAGUGGACAUUUGUCCCCCUCCAAGAAUGAAAGUACUGCUCAAAUCAUUUGUUUUUCCGACUGGUACUGUGGUUCCCCCAUCCCCUCUGCCCUACCCCCCCCCAUUAAUGGUGUGAAUGUACAGUUUGAUGAAUGUUUUGUCGGUUGCAGAUCCUCGGUGGUGGCACCGUGGAGGUCGUAGUGCGCCGUCCGGUUUCCAACACGUGCUCCGUCUUACUUACUGAAUUGCUUCCAGUGAGCUUCAACCAAGAGCAACAAUUAGCAUGCACCUAAACUGAAGUUUAUAUAUAGUUUUGCAUAAGCGGUUAAUAGGUGUAUAUUGUGUACAGCCUAGGAAAUAGUUUGUACAGACUGAGUUGUUCACUCUGAUGGUGCUAAACGGAAUGGCAGUUGUGUGCUUUCUGACUGUGUGUGUGUGUGUGUGUGCGCGCGAGUGAGAGAGAGAGAGAGAGAGAGAAUGCUUUCGACUGUCUCUUUCCCCCAUUCCAACCCCACCUGAGAACAUGGUUAAGUCCAUUACACUGCACUGUCCCUCCUACUUGUCAGCACCAGGUGUAUCCCAUCAUCUGCACUAUGUUUAGCUCAUGAUCUUUAUCGUUAUUAUUAUUAUUAUUAUUAUUGACGAAUAUUAAUUAUUAUUGCUCUUAUAACUAUCGUUAUUUUCUUAAUUAGAGUUAAAUUUAAAUUAACUUAUAUUUUUUAUACAAAGAAAAAUAAUGUUGGCCUUUUUGUUUUGUACAAAGUGAAACAUCAAGAGAAGCAAAACAGUCUAGACAUGUUACUGUUACCCAGAAUAAUUGAGGAAUGUCUCAACUGUAAAUGUAAGAGCAGUAGCCCAAAUGACUUUUAUUAAAUACCUGAAAAAUA